AAAGUGUUGUUCGAAAAGAUAACCCUUGUAGAAUACUUAUUGUGUUAAAUUAAUAUACCCUCCGUUGAACAUAUUGUUUCGUCACGAAAAAUAUUAUAUAAAAGCUAACUGUGUUCACUCGGAUUUUUUCAACUACUUUAUCUUAACAAAUAGAUAUAACAAUAUGAAUAAUCGUGAUCACAACUUCAUUUUAAAAUAGAAAGAAAUAACUUUUAGCUUAAUCCGUUGCAAUGUAUUUUCUAUCGAAGCAUUGUAACUUUAUUUCUAAAUUUUGAUGAUCAAUGAAAACUCCAAUUUUAGUUAGUACUUUCAAAAUAUCAUCAAAAUCAGAUUUUACUUAUAAUACAAAGAUAACCUGGCUUCUUAAGAACUGCCUUGUAGCUUCGAUAAUGUCAAUGUACUUCAUCACUUUAGAAACACUUUUAUUUCUCAUUAGUCACUAAAGAAAUCGAUCUCCCAGGGAAACUAUUAAAUUGGGUAGUUUUAUGGAGAGUAUGAUCUUUUCUGAUUCAACAAUUAUCGAUUUAUUACUGAAAAUUACGCAAAAACUAACAGUUUUCCAACUAUUGAUUGUUAUGUUUAUACUAGGACCAAAUAUUUUCAAUCAACUUCUAUGCAGAAUUUCGAAAAAUAUUUCUGACUUUUGUGUAAAAUAUGCAUGUUUUGUAAGUAAUUUUUAGGGAUUCAUCUGAGUUUCAGAAAUCAUAAGUAUUGUUUAACCCUUCGAAGUUUUUUAUGGGUCCGAUAGGACCCACGACGGUGUUUUUUUCUUUUCGCUACUACAAAAACUAUGCUUUUUCGAACGAUCUUUUCUCUAAUCGUUAGUCUUCUAGUGAUGCAUAAGAGCGAUAUCGAAUUUCGUGAAAAAGUCCUACAGGAAAAAAAUCGAAGGGUGGAUCCGUAAGGACCCCUGGAGAACUUUGGUGUCAAAUUAUUGAUUUUUUGUCUUACUACGUCUGCCCUCUGUUGUUUUGAGGUUUUAUUCAUCCCAUAUUCGUUAACUGAUUUCUGCCAAUAGUGACCCUUAUCUUUUUGUUCUUACCUAAAGAAUUUUGUCGAAUUUCAAUCGAAAUAUUUUUCCCGUCGCUUCUGAUCGUGACGAUUAUUUUUUUUUUACUUUGUGAAAAAAACUAAGCUUGAAAACUUCAAAAUUUAUCUGAAUAUACAAAAUAAAAUAUUUUCUUGAAUUUCAAGAUUGAAAAUAAUGACAACUAAAUCGAAUCUGAAAAGAAUUUGAGAAGUUCUUCUAACAAAUCAUAAUAGUAAUGAACCUGAUGAUGAUAUUUCUGAGGAUGAGAAAUUGGAAUCUGAUUCAGACUAUUUGUUUUCUGGAACUGAAUCUGAUGACACAUCCACUGAUGAAUGUAUAUCAAAGGAAGACGAUUCAACUGACUCUUAUGUCAGUGAUGAUGAUGAUAUAAAUAGCAAUACUCAACCUGAUACGAUAGAAAAAGGAGGUGUUACGUGGUCGGCACAAAAUAAUAAAUCUUCUGGCCGUUUUCGUGCUACUAAUAUAUUGAAGAAAAAAUCAGGUUCUGUUACAACUGUUCAGACAAUAUUCGAUGUUUUCAAACUCUUCUUUACAAAUGAUAUAUUGGAUGAAAUUGUAUUACAAACAAAUAAAUAUGCUAAAAGAUAUUUUACUGAACAACAUUAUAUGCAAUUAAAUGCCCGUAAUCAUCAAACAAAGUUAAUCAAAUGGAGAGAUCUUGAUCGUACUAAAUUAGAGGCAUUUAUCGGGUUAUUAAUUCAAGCUGGUGUUGGUCAUAAUAAUCAUGAAUCAAUUACCGAAUUAUGGGGCAUUAGUAAAAACCGUCCAAUAUUUCAUGCCACAAUGCCGUUACGACGCUUCAAACAACUCCCUCAACAUUUUAUACCAAGUGAUAAUUUAACUGUCGAUGAGCAAUUAGUACCAUUCCGAGGUCGUUGCUCAUUUGUUCAAUAUAUGCCAACGAAACCAGCGAAAUAUGGAAUUAAAUUCUGGGUAUUAUGUGAUGCUGAUAGUCGAUAUGUUUUAGCACUAGAAUUAUACACUGGAAAAGUAGGCAAUGUGGUUCAACGGAAUCUUGCAACAAAUGUUGCUUUACGUUUGAUCGACCAAUUACCUAACAACGUCAAACAAGGUCGUAAUGUUACUUAUGAUCGAUAUUUUUCUGAUUAUUACUUAGCCAAAGCUUUACUUGAACGCAAAAUGACUUCACUUGGUGUUGUUGAUCAUAAACGUGCAUUUGUUCCUAAUGAAUUAAAAGUUGUUCGAAAAGCCUUAUACUCUUCUUGA